GAUUAUAUCCUCGCUUGUUUACACUUGAAGAUUUGUGGGGGCAAAUAGCCAAGAAAUUGCCUUAUAAUGGGAACAAAAGUGAAGGGUCUUUUGAAAGGCCUUAGAUACAUCUCCCAGAUGUUUGAUGAAAAAGAACCAGAGAUGCAAAUCGGUCUUCCCACCGAUGUAAAGCAUGUAGCGCAUAUUGGAUGGGAUGGACCAUCUGCAAAUACACCGAGCUGGAUGAAUGGGUUUAAAUCUGCUCCAGAGUUCUCGGCUUCUGAACCGCUGAACUUGAUCGGAGAAGCUAAGAGCCCUUUCACAAAUAAACUGUCCCUUGAAGAUGUGCAUCAAAUAGACCAGAAUGGAAAUGAGAGGCCAAAGCAUCGAUCAAGGCGAUCGACAAACAGUACUACUGGCUCAGCUCUAAACUCUCCAACGCGACGGAGCUCUGAUGCACCAAGACCUUCCAGGCGCAAUCACAACUCCAACUUUGACUCCCCGUCUCGAGACUCAUCUGGUAGUUCCAGAAUCUCAAGACGGCAGCAGACUACUUCAAGUCUUGGCUUGGAAUCACCUUCUCAUGAACAACCUGCCAUACCAAAACAAUCUCGUCGGAAAAAAUCCAAGGGAGGAUCAGGAGGGUCGUCUAGGUCAUCAAGAUCAAAGGGACAGAAUCCGGUUGAAACGUCGGAUCCUGGGUCUGUGACUGAAUCUGUGGAAGGAUUGAAAAGCAAAGAGGACCUACUAAGUUCAGUUUUGGAAACAUAUGAAGAAGAGAAGUGAUAGGAGUCCAAAAAAAAAAUUUAUAUAGAUUGAACGUAGUCCUGUCCAUGUCACUGGAC